UAAAGGGGCUGACAGUGUUGCUUGUAAAAUGGGGUCUAUUUCAGAUAACUUCUGGGCUUUUAAACUCUCAAAACAUAAAUGGAUAUUGUAGGGAGAGGAAAAUUGGCAAAAGGGUGAAAAUGGAGUGAGUGGCUCUUGUUAAUUUGUGUAGGCUUUUUAUCAAGAUACGUGUAACUCCUUAAUCUUUAAACCUCUCGAGUUCCUGGCAGCAUGCUUUUAUCUGGGUUUGGUGGUUUGUUUAUUUUUUGGGGUUGACUGAGGGGAACUGAGUUGCCAGGCAAGUUUAGAGCACUAGGUCCAAAUGUUAGACCAGUGCAAAGAGCUUUGUGGUGUCUUCAGAGAAGGAUAAAUGAGAAGGGAAGGGGAUGUUGGGGAUAUUUGAUCCUGGCAAUGUGAUAGUGUACUAUUAAAUUAUACUACUGAGAACUCGGAGGUUCAGCUCUAUCAAAACUAGUUUGUUUCUGACGAGAGGAAGGUGAGGCUGGAGCUGAGGAUGUGUCCGUUUGGUUAUCCCAGGCUAGGUGCACGUUUUGUGUUUUGAAAUCUGGUUCAAAAACCCAGUUCAGACUUUAAAUACUGUUUUGGCCUUAGCGCUGGAAUGGAAAGAAUGCAGCCUGAAAUUUCAUUUAUUGAAGAGCUUUUACCUUUUGAAUAUGAAAAGCACCCUUCUAUGAAGAAUACUCAACUGAGAACAUUCAGGCUGUUCUGGAGCCUUGUUUCUGAAAGAGCAGUGUCAGGAUUAACCCAUUCCGGACACCAGCCUGCAGGAGGUUGGUGCACUGGUCACAACUUUCCCAUAGGAAGUAUUCUGUUCCCCUGUGACCUCUGCGUCCUUUCACAGUACAAAGGACAUUAUUCUUCCCAUGGGAAUGCAACUGGAGAAUAGGAACUUGAUGUUAGAGCUGAUUGUGUAGCAUUUCUAUGAAGAGAGGCUAGUGUCUUGAGCAUAUUUCUUGUUUUCCCACCUCUGAAAUCUUCAGAAGAACACUUCAUCCCUGGCCCUCAUUGGAGGAGAAUCCGCGCUUGCUGAAGAGUGGGACAACUGGGUUCCCAGGGUCUGUUCCUCUCUUCCUACUCUUUUUCCUUCCCUUUUGCUGAUGCUGGGAUGAGAGAGCUCCUGCAGCACCUGACGCCCAUCGUUUUACUGAGGGGGUUGCAGUGGUGAUAGUUUCUAGCAUCUUGAGGCUAUGAACACCUCUACAGCCCAACAAAGGGCAAGAAAAUCUCUUUGGCUUUUUUUUCCUGGCAUGAGUCUGAUCCAACAUCUGGCUGUUUUCUGCUUCUGCAGGGAAACUCUUUGGUUUCACUUUUUUUUGGGGGGGUGUUUGUGGUGCUGAAUUUCUGGCAUUGUCAUGAAAUCAUGGCUGGAGUGAGGACUGGAAAAAGAUCAGGGAGAUGUUUGUAGGUCAAGUGGAGACUGUAAAUCAGACGGUAGACUCAGUGAUUGGUGAUCACUCUUGAUUUUCUGCUUUGUGUGUUCUGAGUGUAGCCCAGGAAUGCGUGAAAUACCUGUAGCCAUGUGUGUGUCUGUGAAUAUACCCCUGAAGGCUGUGGAAGUGCUGCCAUGUAGGGGAGAUGGCAUAUAGGCAUGUAAGCUGAGGGCAGAGGGUUGCUGCUCUGAUUCUGCUGUCUCCAGGGGGCCCGUGUUGGUUUGAUGGAUAUGUGGCAAAUGACUGCAGCAUUGGGAGGGUGAAUUAUUGCUAAUGGUCCCUAUGCCCGCCUUGCCCUCAGGUGCUGAGUGAACUGCAGUCAGAUUUAUCUGCUCUGUUGGCAACAGCAGGGUGGGACUUUAUCAAUCCUAAUUUUUAAUAAACUCUUUCUUUGCCUUCCAUUCCUCCUCUGUCCUUUCCCUGAACACACAGCUUUGGCAGGAAGGCUUCAGAAAUUCUGUGUUGGAUCUGGAGUUGUUACAGUGAUGUGAUGCACUGUUCCCCUCAAGAACAGCUGGAUACAGUGCCUUGGCUGAAGCGUUGCACAUGCUGGAAUUGCCCAACCCGCUGAUGUGUUCCGGGAUGGCAGCUAGGUGACGACAAUUGAGGAUGACCCUGACUGAAAAGCUGCGUGAGAGGAUAUCGCGGGCGUUCUACAACCACGGGCUGUUGUGUGCUUCCUACCCCAUCCUCAUCAUCCUCUUUACUGGUCUCUGUAUUCUGGCCUGCUGUUACCCGUUGCUGAAGCUGCCACUGCCUGGAACAGGACCUGUGGAGUACAGCACGCCCGUGAAAGAUUACUCUGCGCCCUCUCCCAACGCAGGUCUGCAGCAAGGGGACCUUGGCGAGCGUCCUGACUGGUAUGUCGGUGCUCCGGUGGCCUACAUCCAGCAGAUCUUUGUGAAAGCUACUGUGUCCCCAUGGCAGAAGAACUUCCUUGCUGUCGAUGUAUUUCGUUCACCCCUCUCCCGCGUCUUCCAGCUAGUGGAGGAGAUUAGAAACCAUGCCCUGAGAGACAGUUCUGGUGUCAAAAGCUUGGAGGAAGUUUGCCUUCAGGUAACAGAUCUUCUGCCUGGCCUCAAGAAGCUACGGAAUCUGCUCCCCGAACACGGCUGUCUGUUACUGUCUCCAGGGAACUUCUGGCAGAAUGACCGUGAGCGAUUCAAUGCUGACCCAGAUAUCAUCAAAACCAUCCACCAGCAUGAACCAAAGACAUUACAAACAUCAGCUACUCUCAAAGACCUGUUGUUUGGACUCCCUGGGAAGUACAGCGGGGUGAACCUCUACAAUAGGAAGCGAGUGGUAUCAUACACUGUCACCCUGGGUCUCCAGCGAUAUGAUUCCAGGUUCCUCAGCAGCCUCCGCUCUCGCCUCAAGCUGCUGCAUCCCAGCCCUAACUGCACACUGCGAGAGGAGAACAUCGUUCACGUCCACUUCAAGGAGGAGAUUGGCAUUGCUGAGCUGAUACCCCUCGUCACCACCUACAUUAUACUCUUCGCUUACAUCUACUUCUCCACACGGAAAAUUGACAUGGUGAAAUCGAAGUGGGGUCUGGCGCUGGCAGCGGUCGUGACAGUGCUCAGCUCUCUGCUCAUGUCCGUUGGGCUCUGCACGCUGUUUGGUUUGACACCUACGCUUAAUGGAGGAGAGAUAUUUCCAUACCUGGUUGUAGUGAUUGGCCUAGAGAAUGUGUUGGUUCUCACCAAGUCAGUUGUCUCUACGCCUGUUGACCUGGAAGUGAAGCUACGCAUUGCCCAAGGUUUGAGCAAUGAGAGCUGGUCAAUUAUGAAGAACAUGGCAACAGAGCUUGGGAUCAUCUUGAUUGGGUAUUUCACCCUUGUCCCUGCCAUCCAGGAAUUCUGCCUCUUCGCUGUGGUUGGCCUCGUGUCUGACUUCUUUCUGCAGAUGUUUUUCUUCACUACUGUGCUGUCCAUUGACAUUCGCCGUAUGGAGCUCGCUGACCUGAACAAGCGGUUGCCCGCAGAAGCCUGCCUGCCCCCAGCGAAGCCUGUCAGCCGCUCUCAGCGCUACGAGCGGCAGCCGGCGAUGCGACCUGCCACCCCCCACACCAUCACCCUGCAGCCAUCCUCCUUCAGGAACCUGCGCCUGCCGAAGAGGUUGCGGGUCAUUUACUUCUUCGCCAGGACCCGGCUGGCCCAGAGGCUCAUCAUGGCUGGGACAGUGAUCUGGAUUGGAAUCCUGGUUUACACGGAUCCUGCUGGUCUCCGCACCUACCUCACGUCACAGGUCACCGAACAAAGUCCUUUGGGUGAGGCAGGUCUGCCUCCAAUGCCUGUUCCUGGAGGGGUCCUACCUGCUGGGGACCCCAAGAUUGAUCUCUCAGUCUUCCCAUCGGACCCAAUACAGCUGUCGGAAAACCAGACGCAGCAGCGUGAGCAGAAGUCGGGGCUGGAGUCCCUGAGCAGGCUGGAGACAAACCAGCAUUCUUGGGCCCAAGGACCAGAAGGCAAAGGGAAUGGACAGACGGAGCUUGGAACUGAAGCAGAGGUUACCUGGGGAGCAGAGGAUGAGGAGAUUUGGAGGAAGCUUUCCUUCAGACACUGGCCAUCCCUCUUCAGCUACUACAAUAUCACUCUGGCCAAAAGGUACAUCAGCAUCCUUCCAGCAAUCCCUGUCACGCUAUAUCUGAACCCACAAGAGGCCUUAGAAGUGCGGCAUCCCCAGGAGGCAAACCGCUACCACCCCUUCUUCUCUUCAAGCAGCGGAAAGCUGGAUGCUCAAGCUCAGCCUGACCAAGCCUCAUCCAAGCCGCAAGGGCACCAGGAUGUUACUCUUUACAAGGUGGCUGCUCUGGGUCUGGCCUCGGGCAUUAUCCUGGUGCUCCUGCUCUUCUGCCUGUACAAGGUGUUCUGCCCCAAGAACUACGGGCAGAACGGGAUCUCGCACAGCCGGAGGAAGAGGGGGGACCUGCCCUGUGACGAUUAUGGCUACUCCCCACCUGAGACAGAGAUCGUCCCCUUGGUGCUCAGGGGUCACCUCAUGGACAUCGAGUGUCUGGCUAGUGAUGGGAUGCUGCUCGUCAGCUGCUGCCUGGUGGGCCAGAUCCGUGUGUGGGAUGCUCAGACUGGCGACUGCCUCACUGUUAUUCCCAAACCAAGGUUGCGACGAGACAGCAGCGGCAUCUUUGACUACCAGGAAAGCUGGGAUCACAGUCCCGAUGGCAAGAACGGUCUGGACGACUCUUAUGAGAACAGCCACCAGCUCAAAAGGAUGCUCAGCCCUCCGCAGCCGCCGCUCUUCUGCGACCAGCCAGACCUCACGUCUCUCAUCGACACCAACUUCUCUGAGCAGGUGAAGGUGGCCGAGCCGGAGACGCGGCUCCGCGCGGUGGGCAGUCGCCAGAAGGAGACCGGGUACGACUUCAGCAGCCUGGUGGGUAAAGCGUAUGAAGAGCACAGCUCCUCCAACUCCAUGAGCUUCACGGGCCUCUCCGCUGCGCACGGCCAGGCCAGAUUCUGCGCGGGGAGCGGCAGAGCCCGCUCCCUGGGCUGCGGGACCGAGGAGGGAGGCUGCAGCACCCGCAGGAGGAGCCUGGGGGACGAGUCUUUUACGGGAUUUGACAAAUCCUCAACACUUCCUUCCUGGGGAGGAGACUUGGAGAGCUCUGUUUGGAGCCUGGACCUGCAAGGGAAUCUGAUUGUGGCUGGCCGGAGUAACGGGAAGCUGGAGGUCUGGGAUGCUAUUGAGGGCACCCUCCGUAGCAGUAAUGAUGAAGGUCAAUCUGGUAUCACAGCACUCGUCUUCCUGAACAACAGGAUCGUCGCUGCCCGGUUGAAUGGCUCUUUAGAUUUCUUUUCACUAGAGACACACACAUCCUUGAACCACCUGCAGUUCCGAGGAGCCCCAAGCAGAAGCAGCAUCCCAUCCUCGCCAGUGUUCAGCAGCAGCGACAUCAUCCUGUGCCAGCUCACCCACACCGUGUCCUGUGCCCACCAGAAGCCAAUCACGGCGCUGAAGGCUGCAGCAGGGCGGCUGGUCACUGGGAGCCAGGACCACACUCUGAGGGUGUUUCGGCUGGAGGACUCGUGCUGUUUGUUCACACUGCAGGGUCACUCGGGAGCCAUCACAGCCGUGUACAUCGACCAGACGAUGGUGCUGGCGAGUGGUGGCCAGGACGGUGCCAUCUGCCUGUGGGACGUGCUGACGGGGAGCAAGGUCAGCCACAUGUAUGCCCACCGAGGGGAUGUCACGUCCCUCACCUGCACGACGUCCUGCGUCAUCAGCAGCGGCUUGGACGAUGUCAUCAGCAUCUGGGACCGCAGCUCAGGAAUCAAGCUCUAUUCAAUCCAGCAGGAGAUGGGCUGUGGUGCCAGCCUGGGAGUCAUCUCUGACAACCUGCUGGUGACGGGCGGCCAGGGCUGCGUCUCCUUCUGGGACAUCGGCUAUGGUGACCUGCUCCAGACCGUCUACCUGGGGAAGAGCAACGAGUCACAGCCAGCGCGGCAGAUCCUCGUGCUGGAGAACGCCGCCAUCGUCUGCAACUUCGGGAGCGAGCUCAGCCUGGUCUAUGUGCCCUCAGUGCUAGAGAAACUGGACUGAGGAGGAUGGGCCGGAGCCUGGCUGGAGGGAGAGGUGGGCAGCUAAGGGGACAGGGACACCAGCUCCAUCGUGGUCCCCCUGCCUCUGUUGCCAUCCCACCUCGUAAACCGCUCUGUCACCCACCGAACGGCCUGCAGGGCCUGAGCCCGCCUCUUUGCCCUGUUCCAGCAUCUUCCAUGCAGGCUCCGCAGAUGCACAACAGUCCUGGGGCCACAGAGGGGCAUGGGGCCGCUCUGGCAUCCUGCUCAGGAUGGGGAUGAGGAGCAGUGGGGUGGCUCCACUGGUUGGGGAGGCUGAGCGACAGCAGCAGGUGCUGGGGGAGCCUUGGCACCUGUUGCCUUGCGGUAGCUGUGCUGAGCUGGAUACAGCUCCACCACAGCAGUGUCCAGCCUGUUCCCAGCCCAUGAUGCAGCGGGGCAGGAGUGGGGCAGUGUUCCCAGCCAGCCCUGUACAGAGAACAGCCUGGGCUAGUGGUGAGCCCCAGCACCGAGCCCAGCGGCAGCGGGUCCCGGGUCUGACCUCGCCUGGGGACUUGGCUCGGCCUCCACGUGCCUUAGAGGCCCCAGCCUGCCCCUGCCCUAUUUAUUUAUACGCUGUAUAUAUUUAUUUAUUAUGGCAGGAGAGUGCCGGCCCUCGCUCCACCCAGCCCCCUCAGGACGCUCGGCCCUGCUCCUGGCUGCCCUUCCUGGCUUCUCCUUCACCUAGUUUGCAGCAAUAGCACCUUCCUCCUCCUCCUCCCGCUGCAGGGCCAGAGGAGGCUUUUCUCAGGUUGGGAGUGGGCAAGGCAGCCCUUGUCCCCAUCCUGCCUGCAGGCCUGGGGGAGCCGGGCAGGCUGGCGGAGCCGCAGGGAAUUGGCAGCACCCCCAGGCAUGGGGCUGCCCCUGAAUUCCUCCAUCACUGCAGGCUGGGGCUCUGCUCCCCCCACCCCGCCAGCUGCACAACAGGGGCCUGGCUGCUGCCCCACCAGCAGAGCCAGGGCCUGGCCCUUCCCCACCGCUCUCAGCCCUCAUGUCAAUCAACACUGCUGACGUCUGUUAACCGAACCCUGGUGAUUGUAGAGGCAGUGCAACGGGCCCCGGGGGAGCAGGGCGGGGGGUCCCCGGGGAGCCCUUCGCCUCCGCCGCGGGUGGCCUUAGCCCGGCUGUACGCUUUGUUCUGUACAGGGGACGCUUUUUGUACCGGAUCAUGUUUUAUAACGUGUACGAGGACACCUCCAGUAAACGGAACUAACCUGA